AAACAACGUAGCACUAUGGCCAAGCCACUGCCAGUGAACGCAGCUCACGACAUACUCAUUACCUGAUCUUCUUCAAGUCCUCAAAUCAUGUCCAUGCUAGACAAAUUCAGAAGAGGCGCGCAGAAGGCGGGCAUGCAAGCCACGGCUCUCGUCAAAGAGGGCUCAUCGCGCGUGGCGACUGGCUCGAGAGACUUCGUACAAGGAUUCACGCUGCCAGGGGAAGCUGAGAAGGCAGCAAAGAUCCUUGAGAGCUUCCUUGCUAACCCCAAUAACCCCGAGUCUGCACUCAACUCAAUACCCACAGCCGUUCUCCAGCACGCAAGAGGUCUCGCCGUCUUCCAAGUGCUCAAGGCUGGGUUCAUGUUCAGCGGCAAAGCUGGCUCCGGCCUCGUCAUCGCCCGGCUCCCAGACGGAUCAUGGUCCGCGCCCUCCUGCAUCGCAACCGGCGGGCUCGGGUGGGGCCUCCAGAUCGGUGCGGACAUCACAGACUUUGUGAUUGUCCUGAACAGCGAGGACGCAGUCAAGGCAUUCAGCAUAGGCGGCAACGUCACCAUCGGUGGAAACAUCAGCGCUGCGGCGGGCCCCAUUGGCACCGGCGGGAGCGUACAGGCUACCUUGGCGCACCCCGCACCCAUGUUUUCAUACUCGAAAUCGAAGGGUCUUUUCGCUGGUCUCUCGCUCGAGGGCACCGUUCUUAUAGAGCGGAAAGACGCUAACCGCGAAUUUUACGGAUCGCCUGUGCCUGCACGCGACAUCCUCGGUGGACGCGUGCCUCCGCCUGAAGUUGCAUCGCGUCUGUACGAGAUCAUUGAGGCCGCGGAAGGACUAGAUGAGACGGGUGUUCCGGAGUCUGCGUACGUGCCCAGUGCUACAGGCCAGCAUAUGAGUAUCGGAAACAACCAUAUGGUGUUUGACGCGGAAGCACAUUGAUGGGUGGUGCUCGCUUUCAGUAGGGAUGGUGGAUAUGAGUUCAAUGCCUUUGCUUUCUGUUCUUUCUUUUCUUUCCUUUGUUCAGUUCUUUAUAACGUAUAUACCUGAUGCAAUCUUAUGUGGUACUUACUCGGAUGUCAACAUUGCGGAGGAAAAACUGUCUACAAAAGGAUCC